UGUUUCCACCAGCCAAUGGGCAUCUUCUCCAUCCUUGAAGAGGAGUGCAUGUUCCCCAAGGCCUCAGACACUUCCUUCAAGAACAAGCUGUACGACCAGCACCUUGGGAAGAACAACGCCUUCCAGAAACCUAAACCGGGCAAAGGCAAAGUUGAGGCCCACUUCUCCCUGGUGCACUAUGCUGGCAUUGUCGACUACAACGUCAGCGGCUGGCUGGACAAGAACAAGGACCCCCUGAACGAAACUGUAUUGGGGCUGUAUGUGAAGUCAUCUGUGAAACUGCUGGCCCACCUUUAUGUCAACAGCGCAGCACCCGCCGAAGAUGCUGGUGGCGCGAAGAAGGGUGGCAAGAAGAAGGGAGGCUCCUUCCAGACUGUGUCUGGACUCUUCAGGGAGAACCUGAACAAGCUGAUGUCCAACUUGAGGAGCACUCACCCUCACUUUGUGCGCUGCUUGAUCCCCAACGAGUCAAAGACUCCAGCCCUUAUGGAAAAUCAUCUAGUUAUCCACCAGCUGAGAUGUAAUGGUGUGCUGGAAGGUAUCAGAAUUUGCACAAAGGGAUUCCCGAGCAGAAUCUUGUACGGGGACUUCAAGCAAAGAUACAAAGUGUUAAAUGCAAGUGUUAUCCCUGAUGGUCAGUUCAUGGACAACAAGAAAGCAUCAGAGAAGCUUCUGGGAUCCAUUGAUGUGAAUCACGACGACUACAGAUUUGGGCACACCAAGGUGUUCUUUAAAGCUGGUCUGCUGGGUGUGCUUGAGGAGAUGAGAGAUGAAAAGUUAGCCACACUAGUGACUUGUACUCAGGCUCUGGCACGCGGCUUCCUGAUGAGAAAGGAAUUCAUAAAGAUGAUGGAAAGAAGGGAAGCUCUUUUCACCAUCCAGUACAACAUUCGCUCAUUCAUGAAUGUGAAACACUGGCCAUGGAUGAAGCUCUACUUCAAGAUCAAGCCGCUGCUGAAGAGCGCCGAAUCUGAAAAGGAAAUGGCCAACAUGAAAGAAGAAUUCGAAAAGUGCAAAGAAAAUCUGGCCAAAGCAGAAGCAAAAUGCAAGGCGCUGGAGGAGAAGAUGGUUUCUGUGGUGCAGGAAAAGAACGACCUGCUGCUUCAAGUCCAGUCGGAAAGUGAAAGCCUCUCUGAUGCUGAAGAAAGAUGCGAGGCUCUUAUCAAAAGCAAAAUCCAGCUCGAGGCAAAACUGAAAGAGGCAACGGAGAGACUGGAAGAUGAGGAGGAAAUGAACUCUGAGCUGACUGCCAAGAAGAGGAAACUGGAAGACGAGUGCAGUGAGCUCAAGAAGGACAUUGAUGACCUGGAGCUUACAUUGGCCAAAGUGGAGAAGGAGAAGCAUGCCACAGAAAAUAAGGUUAAAAACCUUACUGAAGAAAUGGCUACUCAGGAUGAAAGCAUUGCAAAAUUAACCAAGGAAAAGAAAGCCCUCCAAGAGGCACACCAACAGACCCUUGAUGACCUGCAAGCAGAGGAGGACAAAGUCAACACUCUGACCAAAGCAAAGUCUAAGCUGGAACAACAAGUGGACGAUCUUGAAGGUUCAUUGGAGCAAGAAAAGAAACUCCGUAUGGACCUUGAGAGAGCCAAGAGAAAGCUUGAGGGAGAUCUGAAACUAGCCCAGGAAUCCAUAAUGGAUCUGGAGAACGACAAGCAGCAAUCAGAGGAGAAGAUAAAGAAGAAGGACUUUGAAACAAGUCAACUGCUGAGCAAAAUUGAGGAUGAACAAGCUUUGGGUGCUCAACUUCAAAAGAAGAUUAAGGAGCUCCAGGCGCGCAUUGAAGAGCUUGAAGAAGAAAUCGAG